AUGUCAAACGUUUUCCACUCUCUCAUCCGUAAAGUGCAACAACCAAGCGUUGCAAUACUUGCAAGAAAGUGCACCCCAGGUCAACUCCCCGCGUUUCUGCAGGACCCGCACAUUGCUACGCUUGUACUUCGUGCGUCAAGGAAAGACAUGCCACUAAUCAUCAUUCAGUGGAAUGACGCUGGAUUCAAUGAUGUUCCCGCUGUCCCCAACUGCCGGAAUGGGAUCCCUGGUCAAACAAAGGAAGCUAUCAUUGCAAACAUUGUGGCUGGUAAUGCUACAAACUUUGAUAACACGGUCUUUAGGUUUUCCAGUUGCACUGCCGUUGGCGCCUGGGAAAGACCCGGCAACAAGUUGGAGUGCCUGACAUCUGCCACUCAGCAACUCGAGUCACCAGAUAUAGCCAAACAAGGCUCGAAAUCGAAACGUUUUAUUAUGCCUUUAAUACUCCGAGAUAAAAAUCACGUGAAAUUCGUCGAUGAUUGA